AUGGUCGGGCGGUGGAUACUAUACUCUACAGGCGUAUGGGAUUUCAAAAUAGAUAAGUUUAGAAUGGGAAGGAGUAUAAAUUUGUCUUCUAUUGGAACUGUUGAGGGGCUGCGAGUGAGAAUCGCUCUCGUGUACGGUGUUGAUGCACCUUCUGUUUUCAUAGAGAUGUCCUACUGGAUUGAGGAUCCUAUUCCUGAGCUGAUGAGAUCUUCCCUAGAUCGGCCCUCUUCAGUUGAGGAUGGAAUGGUUUUGGAUGGAUGA